CACCGCCCUCCACUCUGGCGCUGCUCGGCCACCUCGCAGGGGUCCUCGCUCGGGGCGGAGGCCGUUUGCCGUACAGCAUGGCGGCACUGUGGCGGAGGCGGGAGCGUCUCUUGGGAGUGUUGCGGCUGUGCCGUACGGUACGAGCCCUCUCAGGGAAGAAUGAGUAUGAUCUUCUGGUAAUUGGUGGAGGGUCUGGAGGCCUUGCUUGCGCAAAAGAAGCUGCUCAGUUUGGAAGGAAAGUGGCAGUUUUGGAUUAUGUGGAACCUUCUCCACAAGGAACCAAGUGGGGACUUGGUGGAACUUGUGUGAAUGUUGGUUGCAUUCCUAAAAAGCUUAUGCAUCAAGCAGCCCUUUUAGGAAGUGCCAUUAAAGAUGCCCAAUGCUAUGGCUGGAAUAUAGCCCAACCUGUUCAUCAUACCUGGUCUGUGAUGGCACAAGCUGUUCGGAAUUAUGUGAAAUCCUUGAACUGGGGACACAGAGUGCAACUGCAAGACAAGAAAGUGAAAUAUUUCAACAUGAAAGGGAGUUUUUCUGAUCCACAUACAAUCUGUGGUUUAACAACAGCAGGUAAAGAGACUAUUGUUACUGCAGAAAAUAUUGUCAUUGCUACUGGAGGAAGACCAAAAUAUCCUACACAUAUUGCAGGUGCACUGGAGUAUGGAAUCACAAGUGAUGAUCUAUUCUGGUUAAAAGAAUCUCCUGGAAAAACGUUGGUUGUUGGAGCUAGCUAUGUUUCACUUGAGUGUGCUGGUUUUCUAACGGGCAUUGGAUUGGACACUACAGUCAUGAUGAGAAGUAUCCCACUUCGUGGGUUUGAUCGGCAAAUGGCAUCUUUAGUAACUGAGCACAUGGAAUCUUAUGGCACAAAAUUUUUAAAGAGGUGUUUCCCAACCAAAGUUGAAAAAUUGGAGAGCAACAGAUUGCAAGUCACCUGGAAAAAUACUGACCUGGGCACAGAAGAAAGCGAUUCCUUUGACACAGUGAUGUGGGCAGUAGGCCGAGCCCCUGAGACUGAAACCCUCAAUUUGGAGAGAGUUGGAGUGAAAACUAAUUCUGAAACUGGAAAGAUCAUUGUUGAUGCCAGUGAAGCGACUUCUGUUCCUCACAUUUAUGCAGUUGGAGACAUAACAGAGGGCCGUCCUGAAUUAACACCCACAGCAAUAGCUGCAGGAAAACUGCUGGCUCAGCGUCUUUUUGGCCAAUCUUCAGAAUUGAUGGACUAUGACAAUGUACCUACUACAGUUUUCACUCCCUUGGAAUAUGGUUGUGUUGGACUGUCGGAAGAAGCGGCUGUGCAAUGUUAUGGAUCAGAUAAUGUUGAGGUAUACCAUGCGUAUUAUAAACCUUUAGAGUUUACAGUGGCUGAAAGAGAUGCAACUCAAUGCUAUAUGAAAAUGGUGUGCUUACGAGAGAGAGAGCAACGAAUACUUGGCCUUCAUUUCAUUGGACCAAAUGCAGGCGAAGUUAUUCAAGGAUUUACUCUUGGAAUCAAAUGUGGUGCAACGUAUCCUCAGCUAAUGAAGACAAUUGGCAUUCACCCUACCUGUGCUGAAGAAAUUACAAAGUUGCGCAUUACAAAGCGUUCUGGCUUGGAUGCAACAGUCACAGGCUGCUGAGGUUAAGUACCAUCCCUGGAAAGAAGGAAAAAAAGCACAAAACAUUUAUAGAAAACAGGGGCACUUCAACAGAGUUGAAACAGCUUUAAUGGUUCAAGCUCCAGGAAUCUUUUUUUCUUCUCCCUAUAGACAGCUUUUUCUCACAGCCAGACAAAGAAAUUGUCCUCGCACCAUCACAGUUCUAAAACCAAUGCAGUCCUGCUGUAACAAAUCUCUCUCUUUCAAAGUGCCUGUAACUUUUUUCUUGGUGGGAGCUAGGGAAUAAUCGCAGUUUUAUAUAUGUAAAUAUAACUGAAGCCAGUGACAUCUGAGGCCAUCUACAAAUUAAGCAGUUGUCAUUUGAGUUUCUCUGUUGGCAUGACUGACUGCCAACAGGAGUGUCUCACAUAAUGUUCAUACAGAUGCUAGGAAUUGGACAGAGCCUCCCUUAGAAUUUUGGUGAUGAUACGUUCUGCUAAGUACUUUGAUAGCUCAUUACUGAUCCUAAUCUUGAAUGCUGAGACUCUGUCUCACUAGUAGAAACAAGUUCCCAGAGUGUGUAACAAUAGGUAAGCAGUCAUCUUGUUUUUUUUUUUUUUCUUUAAAAUGUAAUAUGUACAGGAAUUUAAUAGAAAAUCACUUAUCACUGAAGCUGUGCUCCUACUGGAUGAAUCCCAAUGGAUUAAUCAGUGGCAGCCUGGUCAUAAUGUUAUGGUGAUGGCUGAGAAUGAAUGAGCUCAGAGGUGCUAAAGAAAGAGUUGAAUUUUAUGGUGACUUCUCUGCCUGCUCUUGAAAUCUCUAAUGCAGUUCUGUUCAAAUUAAAUUGACACAUCUCAUAAAUUACAGCUUGAACACCAUAUAUUAAGUAACGCUGACAAGUAGCAUCAAAACUACUAAUAAUCCAACUCAUGCAGCAUUUUCUGUUUUAUAGAAUGCAGAAAUUUGGCUGACACAUGUAUUUUGUUGGUUUGUUCUUAAGAUUUUCUCACUGAUGACCUGGAUACUACAUCUGAAUAGAUUUAGGUCUGACUUUAAUAAAACAUGUUACUGAAUGGAACUACAUUAAACAGUGAUCUAGAAAAGACAUGGACCUGCUCAGAACAAAGAUAGAAAAUAAUUAUCUGAAAACUUUUUGGGGGGAAGUAUUGGCCAGAGUAAAAAAGCAUUAAUCUGUUGCAAAUUUCUGCUUAUUUUCCUGCUAUCCAGAAGGGGGAGAUGCUGGCUAAUUUGUGGCAACAAAGAAACAGAAAUCUGAUAUUGAUGAUUCUUUUGCAGAACCCUGUUAAAUAGGUAGCCUGAUAAAGGCAAACACAAAACAAACCGCACUGAAUUUCAAUCCAAGUUGCGGUUGCCAACAUUUUGAAAUGCAUAGUCACAUAGUGUCUUCCACCCUUUACAGAAGAAAAAUGCAUGUAGGAAGAGAUCAGCUUAAGGUGAAACAAAAUGUAUCCUUUUUUGCAGUUAAUUUAUAUCAGUGUUUUUGUGUAUGGAAUUUGAUAUUUUCAUAGCUGUCCUUCUGCUUGUUGCACCAUUUGGAAGAAUAGUCUGAUGAUCAUUUAUAUCUUUGCUAUUUUUUCUUUGAUGCUAUUUCACUUUUGCAACAUGCAACACAGACAAAUGGUUGGUUUAUUUCAAGUGUGGAAUCUUUUUUACUAUGAGAAUUGUACCUGUCAGAGAAACCAAUUAGGCAAAAAGUGAUCAGGCCUUCCUUCUAAAAUAUGAUAUAAUACCAUUUAUCACAGUCUUAUUGAUACUAGAAUACUCCAUUUUCAAAGAUUUGUUCUGACUUCAACAACAACAAAAGAAAUCUUAAAUGCUUUCUUUACAAAGUUUCCUGAUUUUUGGUCCAUGUUUCUGGUCCGUAAAAGAGGAAGAAGUGAUACAGUUUGACUGCAAGUGGCACUCCCUAUCAGCUGAUGCCAUUUUUCAUCUAUGAAGUCAUCUAUAAGCUUGUGUUUGAAAAGAAAUAGUUUGAGUGGAAGCGUUGUUGAAACACUGCCUGAAUAUUGCAACUGCCUUUAGAAGAAAUGAUGAAAACUUGAUAUCUGUAUAUAAAUGUGUGCAUACCUGCACAUUCAGAAGUUCCUGUUUCCUUUAAUAAAGGUCUUAUGAGUAUGAUACAACCAAAAACCGUAUUAGAAUUUCCCAGCUGUUUACAAAAAAAAGUUCAUAGUAAAUUAGGGGGUUUUAAAUGUUUUACUUAAUAUUUCAAAACAUUGAGCAUCUCAGUCUACAGAGAUUUUGCUGUGAGAAACAUCCCACCUCUGACUAAACUGUAAUGUGUAUGCAUGACAGAUUUUUUUUUUUCCUAGUGAUUACCUAUUACACUUCCUUUUGUACCCAUAAAUUAAAACAUUGGUGUUUAGCCAUGUGAAAGUUGCUUUUCUCUGUCCUACCAAUGCAUCCAGCAGACCGAGUUGUCUGGCCCUACAGACAAAUCAAUGGAAAGAUGAGUUAAUUUCAUUCAUCAUAAAGUUCAAAAUAAUGACUUGGGACAGCAAGUAAAGAGAUCUCGAGGAAACAUGUCCUCAGUGUAUAUGGGGUGUGAAACUAAGGCAUGUCAUCAUUCUUAGAAGUAAUAGCACUCUUGGUUUUAGAAUUUGAGUGGACUGCAUGAAAAGUGAUCCUGUAUCUUGAACAACAGUCUAGUUCUUUCCCUCAUUUAGUGGAAAAUGUUGUUGCCCCCCUGAAGUAAAACAAAACACACAUUCACGCUUACAUAACCCUAAUGUCAGAAUCAACAGCAAGACAGAAUAAUGACAACUACUGUGAUUGUGCUUUUUUUCCUGAAGGAUUCGCCAGGGAUGGUCAUUAAGAUUUGUUUUUAAAAGCCUGACUAAUGUCAAUUGACAUGACUGAUGUGUGCUGCAAAUUACUGAUUAUAUGCGAAAACAUAUAAAUAAAAAAAAAAAUUAAAUUAAUCAGGCUUCUUCUCAGGAUGCCAGCUGAUGAGGGCUUGUUUGUCAAACCACAUCAUGGUGCAAACAAGUCUGAGCAUUGCUGGGUCCCUUAUAUGUAUGAUCCAAAUAUUUAUUGUGUUGUAAAUGAAUGAAUUAAUAAAUCUUUUUUUUCUAGUCAAUGUUUGAUUGUGUUUGCUUAAUUUU